AUGAGGGAAAUAGAAGAAGAGUCAUUUGCUUCUGAAGAGGAAACUUCCGAAGAAGGUGAAUUCGCUGCUGGUGUUGCUACAGAAGUCAACAGUGGUUUUGAGGAAAACGCGGCAGGUUUGUCUGAAUCUUUUUGUAAAGAACUAUGGGACUUGUCGAUUGCUGAUCGAGCUCGUCGACUUAAAGCUCGUAAAAAAUGGAGAAUUUUGCCUACUUACAAUAGGAUGAUUGUUGAACUUUCAAAUAGUCCCGAUUCCGUUCCUGUGUCUCCUGGUGAGCCUGACCCGCUGCCCCAGUUAAAAAGGCCUACAGGGGUUGCCGACAUUAGGGAGGAUAGCAAUGUAGGACCUGAUUCCGCAGAUCCAGAUAACUUGCAGGAGGCAUACGUGGAUUUUGGGAAUAAAGAGGCUAACGCAUCCAUAAGGGAUUUCUCUAUUGAUGAUUUUGACGAGGAAGGCUUGAUCGCGGAGACUCCUACACUCCACUUCAUGUAUAGCUCUCCUCAAUUUGAUGGCCAGUUACCCGGAGAUAUAUUUUCCGAGCCUACGUUCGAUAAGAAUCUUGAGGAUGAUUCUUUCGAAGGUAUAUGCCUCCUCCCAAAUUAAUUAUAGGACUAGCCAAU